GACGCCCCGCCCCUCCUGGUAGGACUGGUCCUCAGUUGCGCCCGGCCAACUGCGCCACCGCUAUCCUUCCCCUCCGCGCACGCGACCAUGGCGGAACCUGAGCUGCAGCUGGUGGCGCGGCGCAUCCGCAGCUUCCCCGACUUCCCCAUCCCGGGCGUGCUAUUCAGGGACAUCUCGCCUCUCUUGAAGGACCCGGAUUCCUUCCGCGCUUCCAUCCAUCUCCUGGCCAGUCAUCUGAAGACCAAGCACGGAGGCAAGAUCGACUACAUCGCAGGCCUAGACUCCAGGGGCUUCCUGUUUGGCCCCUCCCUGGCCCAGGAGCUGGGCCUGGGCUGUGUGCUCAUCCGGAAGCGGGGGAAGCUGCCAGGCCCCACGGUGUCAGCCUCCUAUGCACUGGAAUAUGGGAAGGCUGAGCUGGAGAUCCAGAAAGAUGCCUUAGAACCUGGGCAGAAAGUGGUUGUCGUAGAUGAUCUCCUGGCCACUGGUGGAACCAUGCGUGCGGCCUGUGAGCUGCUGGGCCAGCUACACGCUGAAGUGGUGGAGUGCGUGAGCCUGGUGGAGCUGACCUCGCUGAAAGGCAGGGAGAAGCUGGGGCCUGUGCCCGUCUUCUCUCUCCUGCAGUACGAAUGACUGGGGCUGGAUGGCUGCUGCACCCCCACCUAGCGUCUACAGCUGGACAGAGGCUCAGCCCUGGGCUCAGAAGUGGCUUCUGUGGGCCAUCACCUGCCCUUCAGAGAUUUUGUGUCCACUUGAUUUAUUGGUCAGCUGACCCCCAUAUCUAUGGGCUGCCUGGGCCCUGUCUGUAUUUUCUAUAAAUGCUAAAACCUGAGGCGCAGAGCAGGCUGUUACUGAAGUUAUGGUGCUCACAACAAUAUCAGAGUAAAAUGCUUUGCUACA